GAAGAAAGGAAACAAGCGGGCCGCUCUUUUUUUCUCUUCACUCCUCCCUCGAACUUCCAAGAAGAAAAAUUCCCAUUUCCUCAGUUUCUCCAAAUUCCCUCUCUUUCUGAACAGAUUUGCUGACAUGGGUCUUCUUAAAUUCCCUUCAAUUCAUUUGGGUAGUCCUCAGAAUCCACUCACAGCCGCUGCUUGACUCUCUCAUAGACACUGCUCUCUUCCUCUUCCUUUUACCUCUACUGCUCUGCAAUAUAUAUUUGUUUAUGGCUUUUAGAUGUGGUUCAGGUUCUGCUUCUGCUUCAUAUACUUACGUGGCUUCUUCCCUUUCUUCUCCUUUUCAUUUUCGGCUGAGCUUAUUAAGAAGACCAUAUAAUGACCAGCGAGAUAGGACUGAGCAGCUUAGAAAUGUUAAAGUGCUGAAGUUGAAGGGGUUUCAAAGGAGACAAAAUUUACCUUUUGCUACAUUCAAAGAACAAUCUCAGUACAUUGAGAUCAAGCCUGAUGAUUCAGAGCAGUUAAGUGACCAUCCUGGUCCUGAAGAUAUCUCUCCUGCUGGCUUUUCAUCUAUAUCUUUUGAGGGAACUGAAGGAAAACCAGGUUUUAUUUCAUUUUACAAUCGGCCAUACAAAAGAGAUGAUGAAGUCAUUCCUACUGUGCAGAGGAAUGAGAGCAGCUUGCUAUGGUUUAUUGGUCCUGCUGUCCUUGUGGCCUCUUUCAUUUUCCCCUCGUUGUAUUUACGCAGAAUACUUUCCACCAUAUUUGAAGACUCCUUGCUAACAGAUUUUCUCAUAUUGUUCUUCACAGAAGCACUCUUCUACUGUGGGGUUGCCAUUUUUCUUUUGCUAAUUGACCAUCAAAGGAGGCAUAUUGGGCCAGAUUCUGCAGCUGAAACCUUGGCCCCUCACUUGGGUCAACGAAUCUCUUCUGUUGCCACCCUUGCACUUAGUCUUAUAAUUCCUAUGGUAACAAUGGGUUUAGUCUGGCCCUGGACUGGUCCAGCAGCAUCCGCUACUCUAGCUCCUUACCUGGUUGGUAUCGUUGUCCAGUUUGCCUUUGAACAGUAUGCAAGAUAUCUGAAGUCACCUUCAUGGCCUGUCAUCCCAAUAAUCUUUCAAGUUUAUAGAUUGCACCAACUGAAUAGAGCAGCACAACUAGUGACAGCCCUGUCAUUCACUGUGAGAGGUGCUGAAAUGACUACACACAACUUGGCAAUAAACAACUCUUUGGGGACACUUUUGAAUGUCCUCCAGUGCCUUGGAGUUAUCUGCAUUUGGUCCCUCUCAAGUUUCCUCAUGAGGUUCUAUCAUUCCACCACCAGGAUAACGUAGUGGGGAGUGAAUUUCAUGUUAAGGUUGGUAAAAUUAUGAUUACAUGUUAUUGAGUAGAAGACUGCAUUCGAUCUUGUUUCAAGUAAUUAUAUAUAUUGGGCCUGGCAUAUAUUGUUUGGUUCUGCUCUGCUGGGAAUUUGGAAAUUGAGGAUUUUGAAAUCAUCCUACUUGAAGCCUAUCAAAAAGGUUGUUGCAGGAUCUUGAAAGAGAGGUUCUCUGCGCUGAAGACAGCAAAAGUAGUCAUUAUUUCUUGCUCUUAGUUCAAAGUUGCAUUUGCCAGGACCUAAUCUGACCUUACAAUCAGAACAGUGGAAAGCAUUUGGUUUUCAACUCAUUUAUAAACAUGAGUCGCAGCUCUGUAUAUUGAUAUUUUUCUCUUAUAGAUAUAAUCCAUAUCUGGCAAUUUAACUUUGAAGGGCCAUAUAGAGUUAUCAAGGCAGUGCUACACUGCUAAUUGAGAUUUAAUUACCCAACAUUUCAAUGAAAUUUUGUUGUGUAGAAAUCUCGGUCGGAUGUACUGUUUAUUCAAUGGAAAAUUUGUCUGCUGUUGCCUGUGAAA